AUGGUGUGCAACAAUCCCAACGGAUUAUUAUCCGUCAUGCUAAACUCAAUCUAUGACGACAAAAAUGAUGGUGUGGAAUUUGCGUGGCAUAGGCACUUCAAAGAAACGCUUAAGGAGGUUGGUCAGGAAAUAUUAAUAUCUAUGUUGGCUAUUUCGGAACCGUUCGUGAAGGAGGAUUCGAUGUUUCGCUUCGCGCAGUAUUUAGAUUUUUCUAACUAUUGCUCGAAUGAAGCAAUAGGUGGUAAAAUGUGGGUAAUGUGGAAUGGGCAGGAUGAUUUUGAGGUGGAGAGUAUGUCAGAUCAAAUGAUCACAGGUUGGGUGGUCGUUAAUGGGUCAAAAGUGCUUGUCACGUUUGUUUAUGUGAAAUGCUCCUUUUCAGAUUGUAUGGGGCUAUGGUUUGAUCUGGAAGCUUUACUUGUAGGUUUGAAUCCUUGGAUUAUUGUGGGGGAUUUUAACAUUAUUAGAGAGGACAUGGAACAAAUUGGGGGGCAACCUAGACCUUUGGGUGCUAUGGAGGAAUUUAAUAAUUGUCUGAAUAAUUGUGUGAUGGUGGAGUUGACGUCACAGGGUGGUUGUAUGUCUUGGUUCAAUGGGCAUGCUGGUCAGACUAGGAGAUGGGCAAAGCUUGAUCGGGCUGUUUGGAUGGAACCAGUGCAUGGUGCGGGAAUGUGCAAGUUGGCGUCUAAAUUAAAAAAGGCUAAGAUUGCAUUAAAGAGGUGGAAUGAAGAGGUCUUUGGACGAGUGGAUGUAACUAUCAAGGAGUUAGAGUCGCGCAUAUUGUAUCUAGAGGAGCAACUGAAAAGGGAAUAUGAUCAGGAGGUGGAAACAAAGUUCCAAUGUGAAUUGGAUUAUUGGGAGAAGAGGGGAGGAGAUGCGUGUAUCCCAAAUUGCGAAGAAGCAAUGGUUAGUGGAGGUUGA